GUACAUUUUUGGUCAAGUAUGAAUUUGCCAUUUACCUGUGUAUCAAAACAUGAACAGAUUUAAAUCAACAAGUUGUAAUAUUUACUGAAAGAUUACUGUUUUGUUGAACCAUGAAGAUAUGACUGCUAGACAAAAUGAGAAUAACGAAUCUUUUAACAAUGGACAACCAGAAAAAUUACACAUUCAGCUAUCUCAUUUUAAACAAAAAUCAAAUUGGGAUUGCGGAAUAUCAUGCAUCCUUAUGGUAUUGCCAAAGAAAAAGAGACAGGAAUUAUUAAAUAAUUUUUCGCAGAUAUGCAAAAACGAAGGCUUUAAUAAAAGCACCUGGACUAUAGAUCUCUGUUAUUUACUGAAAAAAUUCGAUGUGCCACACAUUUUUUAUACCAUAACGUUAGGCGUUCAUGAAGGAUAUAAAGGAAACAGUUUUUAUCAUAGCAUUUUAAAUAAGGAUGAAAAUAGGGUAAACACUAGAUUUAAAGAUGCAGAAGACUGCGGAAUAUUUGUAAGGAAAAAGCCCGUUUCCAUAAUCGAUAUCAUAGCACAUCUAGUAAAUGGUCCUGUGAUAGUUUUAACAAAUGCAAAAGUUUUGAGUUGUGAUAUUUGUAAAUUUAACAAAAUUUCCAGCGAAUUUAGAAAAUGCAUUCCUUGGCCAGCAACUUAUCAGGGACAUUACAUUGUUGUUUGUGGAUAUGAUGUCCACAUGAGGAAGAUAUUUUACAGAAAUCCUUCUUUUGCGGAUCAUGUGUGUACAAUGCCCAUGGAGAUGUUUGAUCUGGCGCGCAAAAGUUAUGGAACUGAUGAAGAUAUAAUUUUUAUCUACACAUAAACUAUCAUCUAUAAUUAUUAAGGUUGUAAGGAAGUACUUAUCUACUGGUUGAUUAGACUUAAAACGAAUUUACUGCCUAAAAAGUUUAUAUCAUGACAAAAUUUCGAUUUUUUUUGUAUGUAUCAUUUUUAUACCAAAUUGUAAUCUUAUUAAAAAAAUAAAUCUAAG